CUUCUACGGUCUCCACGUUAUUUAGCCGAGGGAGUCGUGUUUUUAGGCACGUAUCUGGAUUUUUUUUGUAAAGCAGGAGCCAUAGUGAAUAGUGAUUGUGGAUCAAAAAUGAAGAUUUGGGUAAAGCAAACUACGGUCGUGAAGCCAGCUAAAGAAACGCCUACACAUAGUUUAUGGCUUUCCAAUUUGGACCUGAUACAAGUAAGGUUUCACAUGGGCACACUCUACUUCUUCAAUCCUUGUUCCUCCUCCAAUCUUCCCAACACUCAACUCCUCAUCGAUGCUCUGAGCAAGGUUCUUGUCCUCUUCUAUCCUGUCGCUGGAAGACUCCAAAAAGGUAAGACUCGAAAACGCAAUGGGAGGUUGGAGGUCCGAUGCAAUGGAGAAGGAGUUAUGUAUGUGGAGGCUGAGACUGAUUCUACUGUACAGGACAUUGGCUUACUCACUCAAAGUUUGGAUCUUUCUGAACUUGUACCUACUAUUGACUACUCAGGAGACAUCUCCUCCUUCCCUCUUGUUCUCUUUCAGGUCACCUAUUUCAAAUAUGGAGCGAUCUGUGUUGGAAGUUCAAUACACCAUACAUUCGGGGAUGGUACUUCUCUUGGGUAUAUCAUGGAAGCAUGGUCUCAAACUGCUCGGGGACUUUCAGUUAAGCUAACACCGUUCUUCCACCGCACUGUUCUUUGUGCAGGGGAGCCUCCCUGUCCUGUCUUUCCUUACACAGAAUACCAACCACCCCCAUUUCGCAAUCCUCGGAUGAAAUCCCUGGCUUAUAGAUCAAAUCCUGAAUCUGAUUCUGCAAUUGCCAGUCUCAAGCUCACACUUCUUCAACUGAAAGCUCUUAAAGCAAAGGCUGAGAUUGCUGAUAGUAAGUUCAGUACUUAUGAAGUUCUGGUGGCGCAUAUUUGGCGUUGUGCUUGCUUUGCAAAUGAAGAUUUAAGUGAAAAAGACUUGACGAGAUUGCAUAUCAUAGUUGAUGGGAGGUCAAGGCUACGACCUAAGCUUCCGCAAGGAUACAUUGGGAACACUCUCUUUCAUGCUCGACCGGUAUCACUGUUGGAUGAUUUUCGCAGAGAGCGUUUCACCAGAACAGUGGAGAGAGUUCAUAAAGAAAUAAGGAAAAUGGACAACACGUACUUGAGAUCAGCAAUAGACUACUUGGAGAGACAUCCUGAUCUCGAUUACUUAGUUCCAGGGGAAGGGAAUCCGAUCUUCAGCUGCGCAGCAAACUUCUGCAUCGUCAGUCUAACGAAGCAGAUUGCUUCUGAACUGGAUUUUGGAUGGGGAAGGGCCUUCUACGAGAGAGGUUCACAUAUGAAUGAAGGGAAAGGAUUUGUAUUUGGGAGCACAGACGAAGAAGGGAGCUUGAUAGUGACCAUGUGCUUGAAGAAGACUCAGCUUGGUAAGUUUCAGAAGCUGUUCUAUGACUUUCUCAAUGUGUCUGCGUUGUGACAGUUAAGACAGAGACGGCAGGAAUGUAUCUCAUUUGUUUUCUUAUUUCUACUUCCCACAUCGAUAACUUCAGCUGUGUUCUAAACUUGAGAAGUAGUAUAAAUAAAGCAGCCACGGGUCCUAGCAAAUCAUACCUUUCUCGGCCUUUUGGCUAAGAUCAAGUGUAGUAUCUGUUCUUAUCAGUUUAAUAUCUGAUAUGUGGGCCAUCGGCUCACACGAUAUUAACUCUAUUUUUUAAGGGGGAAAGCCCAUUAAGAUAGCUUGCUAUCUGGGCUUUCGCGAGUCG